AUGGCAGUCUUCGUUUUCAUUAAUAUUCAAGUUUUAGCUCUGAACAAUGAUCAAGAAGUAGUUACAGAAGAAGAAGGAAAGAUCAAUAAGCCUGCAGUUUUGUUGACCAAAGAGAUCGAUGGGGAACUUGAUCAUCCUCUUUUUUUGAAAGCUCACAAAAUUCAGAGAGUGCCCAUACGACCAAGCACAAUUGAUGAUGAUAUUAGGGGAGAAAAUUCAAGGUCUACAUUCAAAAGCGAACAAGACUACUCUUUAUAUCGUAGGACACAUUCAGAUGGAAAAUUUGAGCAUGCAAUAACGCAUUAUCGAGCAGAGAAAAAGAUAGUUGGGGUACAGGCACGUAUAAACCUAUGGCAACCGUUAGUGAUCAAUAGAAAGAAAGCGUAUAGCAGCUCUCAUAUUUGGAUUGUAUCAAAUGACAAUCGUAAUGUGAUUGAAGCUGGAUGGCAUAGGGAUGAGGAAGGCCAGUCAGGAUGUUACAAUUUGGAUUGUGAAGGAUUUAAACAGAAUGAGGAUGUAGAUAGGAUAGGAAAAUCAUAUGAUGAGGUAUCAUCCUACGACGAUAUACAACAUACUACUACUAUUAAAGUUGUCAAGAGUAGAAGUAGGAGAGGUUGGUUGUUGGAAGUUGAUGGGAGGGAGGUGGGUGUCUGGCCAAACGAAAUGUUUAGUGACCUGAGAGACGGAGCCGCAGGUGUGUAUUGGGGUGGCGAGACCUGGAUCAUGAAUAGGAACGAUGGUGAUGGUGAUGGUGAUGGUGACGAUGACGGUGAAGAUACAUCAGUAGUAGAAAUGGGAUCUGGUAGAUUUGCGGAAGAGGGAUACAAUAAAGCAAGUUAUUUCGACAAACUACGAGUCGCACUCGUGGGAAUAUCGAGCGCUAUUUCAGUUACGCCGAAUAACUGGGAAUUGAAGAGCACUAGCCCAUGCUAUACCAUCCGUGUUAAAUAUAACUCCGGCGGAGAAGCUAAUAAUGAUGAUGAUAAUAAAGGCUUCUUUUAUGGAGGGCCGGGCGUGGGUCCAUCAUGCCCUACGACUUGA